UUAUUCGCUUAAUAAUAUUAUUAAAUCCGUCCAUAUUCAACGCAAAUUCUCGAAGCAUACAUAACAUAUUCAAAUAUUUGAUAUACUCGUCCUGCUUUAUAUCCUCAAAUCAAAAGUGUAAUUUGCAUUCAACCUUUGCAAUUAAGUUAAGCACGAAAUGGAUACAUCCCCUUUAAACAACAGAUUGAUAUUAAGCAACGUCCUCAAAUUUGUGCCACCAACGACUCUUCAAACUGCACGGUUCGUUUGCAAAUUAUGGGACUACGAAGCAGCAAAGUGUUUUGCAAUAACUAUUUUUAUAACACCGUCCACUUUCAAACAAUCUAAGGCCAGGAAUCUCAUCCAAUUCGUCGAGAAAUACCAAGUUGAGUAUAAUUUACAACUUUCAUUUCUCCCAAAAAGUUUGUGGACUUAUAUUAACAGAUCACAAUUCUUCGAAGGGUUGUACGACCACCUCUACAAUCAAGUCAUAAAUGUUUCCACUGGUUCGGCAUCUUCAAUCAUGGAUUUAUUAUCCGGGACGUUGCAGCUCGUUCGAGAUCUGCGUCUUGAAACGAUGGUCCGCAAUGAGCAAGAAGGGAAAUUAUUGUCCAGACUUUUUCAUGGGAUGCCCGGUUUAAAGACUUUAUCGCUGGAUCUUCUCGACUGGACGGAGGAAGGGUUGAAACAUUUAUGUAGAAAAGUACCCUUCUCUCUAGACAUUCUUGGACUUCACUUUCAUAAUAAGGACCUAGACGAAGAUGACCUGUAUGCCAUCAGAUCCGUCGAACUUGAGCAAAAUUACCACCCUCUUUUGGACAAUUGGAUUUCAACUCUGUUACCACUAUUCAACACGAUAAAAUUCCUAGAUGCAAGAGGUUGGGAGAGAAGUAUUGAACCCCUGGUUUGCCCCGAUUAUGACUAUCGUUGCUUGAAAUUUGUCACGAAACUAAUUGCCAAUAAUCCCUCAGCUUUCCCAAAUCUUGAAGGGUUACGCAUUUUCACUGAUUCCAUGUACGAAAAUUUGCACCCAAUUAAGACAUUUUGUAAUUUGAAACACUUAUAUCUUCGCACAAAGCAGUAUUUGGAAGACUACGAGACAAAUUUCCAGGUGUUGGAUGAAAUUUUACGUUUACUUGUUAGAAAUGCUCAUUGUUUAGAGACGUUAGAUUAUACCUGCUGCAUUAUCGGGUUGUUUCUGGCUAUGAUAUUACUCUUCCAUACUUGCCAAAAUUAA